CAAAGUUUAUCAAAACAAGCACAACCUCCUUCAACAAGAAGUACAGAGAUUCACGGCAUUUCGCUCGCAAACCCUUUUAGGAUCCAAAAUCUCGAAGAAGACACCCUUCUCGGAUUCCUCUGAUCGUUUGGUUCUCUGCAAUGUCGAACAAGAAAGAUCAUUCCCCAGAUUCUCCAUCCCACGAAUCAACUCUUCUCCCUUUCAAGAAGAGAGGUAUUUCAGAAACUAUGGCGAGCGAUAGCAACCACGGUGAUGUCAAGAAACUGAAACUCGACGAACUCCAGAAAAAGGCUUACUUUCAUGUUCUCCAUGCCUUUGCCACAGAAUCUGUUGAAAUUUCCAGCCCAAGGAUUACGAUCAUCAAAGAACUAAAGAAAGAAUGGAACAUUGACUACAAAACUCAUAUCGGUUUUGAGUAUAUGAUCAAAGCUGAUAUAAUGGCCCAAACAUUAAGGAAAAAGUCACUGGCUUCCGAUAAGAAGGAGAAGCAGAAUGGCAAAAUCGCUUACGAUGGAGAGAAGGAAAAAGCUCAGAGCUUCUGGGGCAGUGUUAAUCCCGAGGCUCUAGUUGGACUAUGGGUCCUCGUGAGAAUGCCCGAUGAAGAGAACUUCGACGAGUUCGUGAUCUCCGAGUAUGACGCAGAAAAUGAAAUGCAUCGGUUUGAGGCAGUAGAUCCGGAUGCAAUGGAGAGGGAUGAGAUGUUAAGCAGGAUGGAUAUCAGAGAAAUUCCGCCUGAAGACAUCAUGUGGCCAAACUUUUGAAAUCACCUUGAUGAAUGAUGAGGACAAUGAGGGAGACUGACAAAAGACAAACUUAUGCACUUUUAUUCGAGAUCUUCAGUACUUGUACAUGUUUCAAUUUUAAAUUUUAAAAAAUGUUCGUUGUCGUCAGAAAAUAAAAUGAAAAAUAUUCGUUAUUAACUGAAGUUAAAACGAACAAAAAAAGAUAACUAGUAGAAUUUCUUUAGCUUUGUUAGGUGUAACUAUGCCAAACCACA